AUGGCCAAAUCUGAUCACUUGUUAGUUCAUAGGAUGAGUAAUAUCUGUGGGGAGUUCAAUCAGGAUCAAUACGCCACAUUCGACUACAAAGUGACACCGGAAGUGUUGAGAAUUCCAUCUGAAGGAUCACUUGAAAUCACGUUGACUCCGUUGGUGAAGUUUGGGGAUGGAGAGAAACUAGUGAUUAUUCAUUUGAUGUCUUAUAUAUUCGAAAUACUCGAUGCGACUGGAAAAGAGGGAUUACAAACACAGUUUUAUGGGAUUUUCUCCAAAAAUGAAAUUAUCCAAUUUCGUAUUGCAGUUAGAAAGGAAAAGAAAGAUCCAGUCAACGAGUAUGAGAUGUACUGCACAAUGCCAGAAGGACUUCUAACCGUCAAACAUGGAGUCAUUAGAAACCGAACGGACACUAUCGAAAUGUUGAAAAGUGCAGAGUUCAAACUGGGAACCCAAGGAAUGAUCGGGAACCGCGUGGACUGGGCAAAACAAGCAGGAUGCUGGGAGUCGGAAUUGAGCUUCACAGAGAGAAAUUGGCAUAUCCUUGACCUAGAGCGUCAAUUUUAUCUAGAAGGCAAAAAGGGACGCAAUAUGCUAUUCGGUUCGGUUCAAAAAACUGAACAGGUUAUCAAAAGAUGGGAGGAAAUGAAAGAAUGGGAAGCCAGGGAAAAGGCAAUGAAACCCAAUUCAGAAAGGCUUUUGUACUCCAAAACUCUCCAAGUUCAACCACAAGUCCAAAGUCCGAGAUCCACUAAAAGCUCUUAUGUUCAAGACGCCAAAGAAGCUUCCAGUAAACGGUCCCCCACGAAAUCCGACAAAUCCAUGGCAUUCAAAAGUUCAACAACGUUAGACGAAUCAACGAAAAGUGGAAAGUUUUCUCAGUCAGCCAAGUCUUCCGGAGUCUCCACGAAAUCUGGAAAAUCUGCGAAAUCUGAGAAAACGGGAGACAAGGAUCCAGAAGAUGUGGAGGAGAAGGAGAAGAAUAAGAAAAAGCGAAAUCCGUGUUGUGUGAUUAUGUGA